CUUGUAUACGAUUCUCGCAAACCUCCAGAUCCUCAAAAAUCUCCUUACCCUCCCGCAGAUCCCAUCGUCGAAUGGUCCUAUCACGUGAUCCGCUGAUCAUUUGCUUGCCGUCGGGAAAGUAGGAAAUGCAUGAAACACCUUUGUACUCGUGAUGUUUACCAUCCGGCAAGGAAAUAAUGGAUGGUUUGUGUCCAUCCAAGGUCAUGGCCGGUGUCAAAAUUGAAUUGUUUGUUGCUGUACCUGGCUGGGUCGAGCUGGAAGCCAUUACAGCUGUAUUUGCCAGAAGGGUUGGCAAGUGUAUCGGUUAACAGUGAAUGUGCUUGGUGAGUUCUUCUCGUGCUCUGUAAGGUCAGGCUUGACCUUAAACUCUCGUUCGAGAGCUGACGCACUAGCUAUUGCCUGCUAAGUCAAUUGUGAGGUCAUCCAUGCCUGAUGGUCAUAUGGGCUUUCAUCUUACCAAGAUGCUAGCAAGGACGAAGCGUGAUGAUGGGCAUAUGGGUGCGCAUCCCACCUCUUUAUAUUUAUACCUUCCAAGCGGCUGCGCAUCAUGCAACAAUGAGCAUGGCCCUUUUAACGUGUCAGGUGAAAUUGACGUGGGCAUGCUGCGCCUGCCGCGGUUGUGGCGCGACAUCGGCGCGGUGCAUGUGAUGCGGCGCUGUCACUUACC